CUGAACUCUGGCCAGCAACAACAGAGUGAAGAUGGCGGAGGUUGAUUUUGGUGACUGUGAGCUCUUUGAACAAUUGGAAGAGAGUAUGCCUGUUGCUACUCACAUUCGGUUCACGGAGGAAGGUGGAGAGGAAGGCUCUGAGCUCAGUGAAAGAUUGGAGGAGUGUGAGGAGACAAUCCGGGGUCUAAUAGAAGAGAAUCAAGAGUUGAAGAGAAAAUUGAAAGUUUUGACAAGGCCAAGUGGCAUUAAUGUUGAAAACAUCAAGAUUGAUGGGCCUCUUCUACAGAUCCUUUUCGCAAAUAAUAGCAUCUCAAAGCAAUGCCGUCAAGAAAUUGAAGACUCCAUCUGUAGCAUUGUUCAGAAACAUCAGCCGCAUGGAGAAGUUGAAAAAGGAAAUCCCUCCGGCAAUGUCAACCCUCAGUCUUCAAGUUUCAUUAUGGAAGAAGAUCAGAAGACCAAGAGCUGUGGCAUCAAAAAGAUUAAGGAGGCCUUCAGUAUGGUGGGAAGUGUCCUAUAUUUCACCAGUUUCUGUGUGGACAAACUUGGACAGCCCCUGCUUAAUGAUAACCCCCAGCAGACAGAAGGAUGGGAGGUUCCAAAAUAUCAGCAGGUCUUCAGCCAGGUCAUCGCCUUAGAUGGACAGGAAGUACAGAUGAAAGAGAAAAGGUAUAGCAGAGAUUUAGUUUUUUUAUGCAGGAAAUAUCUGUACAUUUUAUUGUUGCUUUUGUGCCUAUACUACAGACCUAAGCCUUGUUGUUUCAACUGUGGGUUGGAUGGUCAUCAACUGCGAGACUGUCCUCAGCCAAAGGACAUGGCCAGAAUCAAUGAGAAGCGGAAGGAGUUUUCUCAGGGUAACCAGGGCAACCUGAGCAAUCAGCGUUACCAUGCUGAGGAAGUGGAGGAGCGAUUUGCCAGAUACAAACCUGGAAUCAUGAGUGAGGAGCUGAUGUCUGCACUGGGAGUUGAAAUGAACACACUACCCCCUCACAUCUACCGCAUGAGGCGGUUAGGCUACCCACCUGGCUGGCUUAAGGAGGCAGAGAUGGAGAACUCGGGUCUCACGCUAUAUGAUGGGAAGGUGUCAAAAGAUGGAGAACUAACAGAGGUCGACCAUGGACAAAGCAUUUCCUAUGAUGUUUCCAAGCUAGUAGAUUUCCCAGGCUUCAAUAUAUCUGCACCACCUAGUGUGAAGGAUGACUACAGGCUAUAUGGCUCUAUUCCAAUACAGCAUAACCAUAUGAAGCAGAAUUUUGCUGACUAUCUGUCUAACAAUUUUCCAAUGCCUGGUGCCAACUGCAAUAAGAGACUGCAUGAAUCCGAAUCAACUCCCCAGCAGACGAAGAAAAGGAGAUCUGAUGCCAGGAGUUCAGAUAUGGAUGUUGAUUCAGACCAGGAUACUACACCUCGCCGCCACCGGAGCUCAGACAGCUUCCAGUUCCAGCCCCCGCUGCCCCCUGACUCACCAUCCUUUGGUUCACCACCUCCCUUACCUCAUGGUACACCACCAGCCACUCCCACUCCACCCCCUCUUCCUAAGGGAACACCUCCCCCCACACCCACUAAUGGUUCACCGGCUCUACGGGGACGCACUGUGGGAGUGGGUGAGGAGUCUGUAGGUGGGGAGGAGGAAGAGCUGACACUGGAGGAGCUAGAGGAGCAGCAGAGGCUGAUCUGGGCUGCAUUGGAAAAUGCUGACACCACCACCAACAGUGACUCUGAGACACCAGCUGUUGGAACACCCCUCCCCAGCUCGCCCAGCGUCUCCACACCUGCCCAAGUCGACACUGAAACUGAAAUGGAGGAAGGUGAGGCUGAAGAUGAGGAAAAGGAGGGAUCUGUGGAGGUUUCCAGCCACAACAGUGAUGAGCAGAUCAGUGUUGAUCCAUCUUCUAGCAAAUGUCAAGAUGAUGCUGAAGAUAAAGGCAAGGUGGUUGAAGAUGAGAGCAGCUUGCUGAAAACACCAGUCCAAGAGGAGAGUCCUAUGAGUCCUGAAGCUGCUGCAGAUAGAGGCAAUGUGCUUGCACAGAGGCCCAGCUUGCUGCAAACACCAGUCCAACAAGAGAGCCGUCAGCCAGACCCCUCAGAUCAGGAUGCUGUCGAGGGAGAUCUGUCUGACUCUAUGGGGAAGGUAACAGCCGUGCCUCACCGGAGUAGGUUCGCACAUGGCAUUAUUCCUUUUGAGGACACGCCAGAAUUCACAGAGGUUGCUGAGGCCACCGGGACAUWCCUUCGAAUCCGAGACUUGCUGAAAGGUUCCCCUCGAAAUAUGGCGAAAAAAAAGUGAAAAGACUGGCUUGAAUUAAAAUCCAGGGAUUCUUUUGCAUAAACACUUUUAUUUUUUAUUUUUUUUAACAAAUCUGUGGUUUUAAUACACUUUUCUUUAAGUGUGCCACAAAAGUUGGAGCUGAACAGUUUGGUGACCUGUCAUUCAAACUUAUUUUUAAUGGUUUAUUUUUUUUGUACCAAAAUGAAUGUAUUUUAUGCGUUAGCUGUGGUCUAUAAAGACGCAAGGUUUUUUAGAAUAUUUUUCUUUAAGGAAACCCCAUAAGCCAGUUUUGGCGUGUCUGUUUUGCCAUUCACAUAAAAUCAUUUUUGUAGCAAUGACAACAUCCAUAUUGCUCUUUUAGGUGUAAAGAUAAGAUUUUAUAAAAUGUUUUUCUUCUGUUUUUACCAUCGCUUGAUCAUUUUUCUAUGACUUUGCAUUCUAGGCGCCUCUCCUCUUCUCAUGGUUAAAGUAGCCUCCCAUUGGCUACUCCUAUCAAAUAAGGACAUAUUCAUCUCGAUUUUAAGUUAAUUUGAAACUUGAUUGGAUUGUUGAGGUGAUUUUUAACUGGAUUAUUUCUAUUUUGACACAGGAAGUCGGUGUCUUAAUUCAGAAUUUCACUACAGCAAUAUGGCUCUGCUUAAUAUUGCACGUUUAUUUAAAAAAAAGUAACGACCAUUGUAAGUCUUUUCGUCAGCGUCAUAGACUUGGUUCAGCAUCUGGUUAUUGCUUCUACAUAAUGGCACUAGAGAGCAGCAAAACCUAAUUUGACAUUUUCAGGUAACCAUAUUAAAUUUGACUAAGAGCAACUUGUCUAGAGGAGAAGUGUCAAAGGAGAUUGGCCUACUUUUUACUUAGGGGUCAAUGGUUUGUUUUUGUUAUUCUAAAUUGGACUGUCAUUGUAGUUUUGCCAUUGAACGUCUGAAUUAAACGUACACAGUAUGUGGGAAGGCUGCUUGCAGUA